AUGCACUGCAUGGAGUUCCAGUGCCAUCACGUCGCCCUGCUCCGGCCGAGCGAGUGCCUGAUGGCCGCGCAUCCAAUUCACGACGUCGCUCAGGGCGGGGCAAGCCUCUGGACCGUGCCGCCAAUGCCAUACGCGACAUGGUGCAGAGAAGGCGGGAGAUGUUCUUGGUGCGAAGCCAGGUGGCGCAGCUUCAGGAGGAACUGGACAGGCUCCGAUCCCAUGCCGCUCAGAGAGCCAACGCCGUGCUGGUGGGCUCGGGGCCUGCAAGAGCGCCUACGCGUCAAUGUGCUUUUAGCCCAUGAGCCAGGGCACAGGGCGCGCUGCGGGGAGUGUGGUUCUGUGAUGCGGUGGUUGAGGCGAGUUCCUACCGCGCAGGGUCACUCAAUCUCCACCCACAUCCCCAAUCCCCUGUGCAGGCAGCCGAGGAGGCCUUGGAGGCAGACUCCAGGAGAUUUGCGCAGCACCUGCAGGAGGACGCCGCGGCGACAAAGGCAGCCCUGGCCGCCGUGGCUGAGGCGAGCGACAGGCACCAGGUACUGGGAUAGGGCACCUUGCUGGAGGGAGGGCUGUUCUUGUUUGUAA